UGUGUGUUGACGGGGCGGGGCUCUGUGACACACUGACUGCUGUGUUAUCAUCACAGCCGCAGUUUAACCCGCACUAAACUCGCGCUUCUGUUGUUUACACCGCGUUACUUGUUUGUUUUUUACCGUAAAGAUGUCGCACACCGUCAUCACGACCACGAGCACGACGACCAGGACUUCCGGUGACAGUGUCCUCAACAUGGGCUACACCCGGACCAUCCCGGGACUGCUGAAGAUGGGACAGAUGCUUGCUUUGCUCAUCGUCUUCCUGUGCGUGCACUGUGCUCGGGGUUGGCCCAGCUGGGCGGCGUUCCAGUUCUUUGAGGUGGUGGCGCUGUGGUUCCUCAUCGCCCUCCUCGUCUUCUUCCUAAUGCACCUGUGCAGGCUGCAAGAAAAGAUGCCCUGCAUCAACUGGCCACUGACGGAGUUUUUUCAUUACUCAGUUGGGACCGUCCUCAUCCUCAUCGCCUCCAUCAUCGCUGCAGUGAAGAGUGGAUCAGUUUCAGCACUGGUGGCUGCUUCAGUGUUUGGUUUCAUCACAACAUUCCUGAUGGCCGUUAGUUUGUGGACGUCUUACAGCGUCACCUGUGGCCCUCACCCGACAGGUUCAUCCGUGUAAACAUCGUUUCAUUUCUGAAGAAAUCGACGGCUGCGUCCUGGUCUGUUUUUCUGCCCGGCAACCACCUGGACAAUGAACGUGAUUGGCUCAGCCAUCGAUUUUCCACCAUGUGAUCGUCACUGUGGUGCAAACAGUCAGUAUUUCUGUCAUGACUACAUUACCCAUCAUUCCUGCUGUCGACAUGACCUUUGACCCUUAAGCUUAAACAAACAAACCUGCUUGUAUAAGACUACGCCCCCUUCCUGUCACGUGCCAUAAAUCACUCUUCACACGUUUAUUUCACUUUAUUUUGACUUCACAGAGUUCAGUAAAACGUUUUCAGUCCAAAUCAAUAAAAUCAAAAUUACUCGGUUAUCCUGCUAAGAUAAUGUUGCUAAGUGCAUUAAAACAUUCACACUGACUCUGAUGUGCAAAUAAACACUUGCAUGCUAAUGUCGUUGUUAGCAUGCUAAAACAUCACUCAGGGGCUAACGUGCUAAAAACAAAAGCAUGCUAAAAAAAAUUAUAGACAGAUUAAUUCAUACAUUCAUUCAUUCAUUUGUCUCUGAGGGGAAAUAAAUUAAGGUUAAAGUUUAGGAUUAACGAUGCUAACAAACAUUUCAUGUGCAGAGAAAAAACAACAGCAAUGGAGUGAAAAUAGUUCGGGUUUCCUCGUGUUUACAUUUUUACUAUUGUUGCAUUUUUAAUAGAUAGAUAGAUACUUUAUUCAUCUCACAGAGAAAUUCACAUAAUAAUAUAAUAACAUACAUAACAUAAUAAUAGUGGUGGGACUCCAUUAAAAUUAAUCGCGAUUAAUCGCAUAUGAAUAUUUGACACGAAAAGCAAGAUUUUGCAAUUUAAAUGGACUUUGGUAUAUGACUUAAUCAAUGAAUAGACACAUAAAUGAGCUUAAACAACAUUGUGUUUAUUUUCAUCAGUGAGUGUUAACAUAAAGUGCCAAAUAAUUGCAUUUUUCAUAAAUUCUUAAAUUCAAGUUAGCUAUAUUCAAGCUUUUUCAGGAGUUUUUUGUAAACGUUCUGUAACUUUUCUGUUCAAGUAACUUACUCAUUUUGGCUCUGAACCCUGUCAUCUUGUCGAGUGUGGAUUGGCGACACUGCUGCUCCAACGAGGAGCGUUGUCUGUGCUAGCUGCAUGCACACACACGCACACACACAUUAUGCACACACGCAUGAUCACGCACGCACGCACACACACACACACUAUGCACACACGCAUGGUCAUGCACGCACACACACACACACACACACACACUGUGCACACGCAUGAUCACGCACGCAGACACACAGCUACGCGAGGUGGUAGCGGAGGCUGCAGUGCUCUGGUGGUUGUCACUUUUGCACACAACUGUCCUUUUAUCCAUGUUUCCACUCAGUAGAAUUUGAAAACUAAAAUUUCCGCCCACGGAACCCAGCAACAACUUCCAUUUCUCUCGUGUUUUGUCCUGUGCAUUGGUAUUCCGGCCGGGAACUCGUGCAAUGAGCAGCGUUCCGUGCUGUUUGGAGUGCAAAAAUAAAUUGCGAUUAAAUGUGUUAUUUUAUUAUCGCGUUCAUUUUUCUGUAAUUAAUUAAUUGUAAUUAACGCAAUAAAGUCCCAGUCCUAAUAUACAUAUAUACAUAUAUACAUAUAUAUGUAUAUAUAUAUAUAUAUAUAUAUAUAUAUAUAUAUAGAGAGAGAGAGAUAGAGAGAUAUAUAGAUAUAUUGUUUAUAUGUAUAUAUAUUUGUUUAGGCUGCCUUAGUGCUGACACUUAUUAUAAUAUGACUUUAGUAAAAGUCUUCAAAUGUAUGACAUUUACUUAAUUAUCAAAAGUAAAAGUAAAGUAAAAUUAAAAGUAUUAAAAAAGUGAGGAGUUAUGAUUGAGCCGCGGUGGAUCAGUGGUAGGGCGGGUUUUGACUCACACACUGUUGCUUUUACUCUGCAUGUCUGGGGUUAGUUGGUCAUUUAAAAAAACAAAACAAACAAAAACACAGUCUUUACAUUCAGUAAAUUUGUAACAGAAAAAUUAUUUUAUUUUAUUCCACUGACUUUCCAACGUGUUUAAAAUAUAUUCAGGACAUAUUUAAAUGUCCUUGGUGCUUUAAACAAAACUGUUAAAUAUCUGAAUUAUUUUCCUUCACUCAGAAAGCACAUCUCUAUGGAAGAGGACACGUGAGAAAACAUCAUGAAUUCUGAGAUUAAAGUUUGAAUUCUGAUAUUAAAGUUGGAGUUCUGUGAUUAAAGUUGGAAUUCUGUGAUUAAAGUUGGAAUUCUGUGAUUUAAAUUGGAGUUUUGAGAUAAAAUUGGAAUACUGAGAAAUAAAUUCUGAGAUUAAGUCGGAAUUCUGAGUACAAAGUCAAUUCUGAGAUUAAAGUCGGAAUUCUGAGAUUUAAAUUGGAAGUCUGAGAUUAAAGUCGGAAUUCUGAGAUUUACAUAAAUUGGAAUUCUGAGAAUAAAGUAGGAGAAUUGCGACUUCCAUUUUUAGAAUUCAUGCUGUUUUAUUUAUUUUACACGUGUCCCUAAUCCUCUUUUGUACGUCCUAAACACUGAUGAUGAGAGAAAUAGGUUCAUGUCAUAGAAACACAUCAUGUCUUUGUGGAUUAUAAAACCACAUGCAGAUUAUUAUCAGAUUAUGAUCAGACUGAUCAAGUUUACAUGACACAUAAAAUCAGUCAAAGUUAACGUGCACAGACUGAUAAAUGAAAUGUGUUUAAAUUUAAUAAAAGAACAAUCUUCUUCACAGAUUGACUAACAAAUAAAUUACAUGAACUUGGUAAUAAAAAGUUUUAAUAAAUCAUAACGUUCUCACAGAUUAAUGAAUAGAGUUUGGAGUUUGGAUUAGAUUCAUCAAAUAUAUACAAUAAAAGGUCAAAUCUUUGAGGAGCUGCAACAAUGAAUUAAACCAUUUGUUAUUCGUCAUUCAAAUAUUCUCAGUUUUUUAGAAGCAGAAAAAUCACUCAUUUAACGAUUUAAAAAAAAACCCACACAUUUCAUCAAUAAUAAACAUAAAAGGUCUUUUUUUCGACACAACACCUCGUUAGCGAAUGUUCACCUGUUUUAAACGUGUUUGUGUUUACAACUGAAAACAAAGUUAAUAAAUAAUAACAUGUCAUUAAUCUGAAUGACAGAUCAUUCAUGUCGCAUUUAUCAUAACGUUUAAAACCUAAAUAUUUAAAAGGCUCGGAACAUUUUUGACAUUUAUUUCCAUUUUAUUAUUUUUUUUAAAUCCUAAAUGGUGCUGAAAACAAACACAUCACUGCCUGUCCGUCAAUCAACCAUGCAAGCACACGUCAAAACAAACAAACAUUUCACAAAUGAAACUUAAUUGGACUGAAAAACUUUGAACUGUGAACACAUGUAUCUGUAUUCAGAUUAUUAUUAUUAUUGUUGUUAUUAUUAUGAUCUUUGUCUUAACGUCUGCUGUGACCUUUGUGACUGAAUGAAUCGGUGGAAAAAACUGCUGAGUUAGCAUUUUUUGUUUCUUUUCAUAAUGGAUUCAUGUUUUUACAAAGUUUUGUUUUUCCUGCGGUUUUUUUUCUUUUUUUUUACUACUGCAAAUUUUUACCAAACUUUGUGUAAAUAUUCGCUGCAGAUAUUUAAAUAUGCAACAAAGUAAGAAAUCAUUUUCCAAAUCAAAAAUAACAAACGUUAAUGAAGAAAAGCUACGAUACCUGAAACUUUACGUACAAUUUCAAGCUUUUACAUAAAAAUUGCACUUUUAUUGGUGACAUCUGCAAGUGUUAGCGAUCACGACGCUACUUUACAUGACGUCACCAAACAUGACUGAAAUGUUAGUUGAAUCUUUUUUAUUUUUUUUAUUUUACCUCAGUGAAUGUUGUGCGUUUGAUGACGUCAUACAAUUCAAUUCAAUUCAAUUAUUAUUGUAUAGCGCUAAAUCAUAACAUACAUUAUCUCAAGGCACUGUACAUAGACAACAUCAAGGAGAGCAGAGAAACACAACAGUUCACACUAUGAGCAAACACUAGGCAUCAGUGGAGAGAAAAAACUCCCAGAAAUCUCUAACAGAACCAGGCUCAGAUAUGUGAAGCAUCUGCCUCGACUGAUCGGGGUGAAAGGAAAAAUGGGGGACAGAGGAGAGAUGGGGGACAGAAAGGGGGGAGGGAAAGGACAAGAGGGAGAUGAGGUAGAGACAGAAGAGAGAGAGAGACCAGGAGCAGAUACACAACAACUGUAUCAAGUUACAAGUUUAUACAGUCAAUGGUUAAAUGUUUAUAGCAAUACAAUGUAAUUACAAAUGUCGCACUGCGUUCCAGUUGUAGUUGGAAGUGGGACUUUCUGUUUCUGAAAGUCGGGGCCACUUUACAAACCCCAAUGUAGGAUUCCAAGAAGGCCACCACUCGCACAAACACUGCGAUUUUUACCAUUAAUCAGUCGUACACAUUUGUAUCGCAGUUUUUGUGAGAAAAAUCCAGUGUGAAGCGUUUCAAUCAACUAACGAUGUGUUUACGUUUUUUGUUUGUUCAAGUUCUCAAAGACAUCGGGACGAUUCUACGUUUCAUUAUAAAAAAGUCAUGAACACAUGUUUAUGGUUGUAGUCUGAUUACCUGAAUACAUGUUGAUGGUUGUAAUCUGAUUACCUGAAUACGUGUUUAUGGUUGUAGUCUGAUUAGCUGAACACGUGUUUAUGGUUGUAAUCUGAUUAGCUGACCAUGUGUUUAUGGUUGUAAUCAGAUUACCUGAACACGUGUUUAUGGUUGUAAUCUGAUUACCUGAACACGUGUUUAUGGUUGUAAUCUGAUUACCUGAACACGUGUUUAUGGUUGUAAUCGGAUUUUCUGAACAUGUGUUUAUGAUUGUAAUCUGAUUAUCUGACCAUGUGUUUGUUUAUGAUAGUAAUCUGAUUACCUCAACACAGGUUUAUGGUUGUAAUCUUAUUACCUGAUCAUGUGUUUAUGGUUGUAAUCUGAUUACCUGAUCAUGCUAUAUUAUUCUUGUGAAAUAAAAUACAAAUUUUUUUUACGUUAAGACGCAGAAAAAAAUCGGGUAAAUGUCUGUUAUCGUAGAGUUAUCUUAAAGUCAUUGUGUCUCCGGGUGACACAAAACCUGAUUGUUUACAUCAUUUAUUAAUUUUCUUUUCUUUAAAUUCUGAAACUGAAGCUCUGAUCCACACGAAGGCCGAGACGUGAACGCUUGCGUUAUUAAUGAACACGUGUUAUUAAUAACGUGCGUUCAUUAAAGAUUACACAGAUAAAACAACGUGAAUCUGCUUUUUUACUUUUUCUUCAAAGUGCCUUAACUGUUGUUUUGAAUUAUCGCUUAAACCAUGAGUCACAUGAACAAAGAGAUCACAUGACCUGUGCUUUUUGGUUUUAUCUUUUAUUAAGAACAUUUGUUUAAAGUACAAAUUGUGUUGUGUUUUUUUUGCAUGUUGUAAAUUAAAGGCCCAUUGCACCAUU